AUGGACGCCGAACCCGACCCCCCCCCAACUGGGGGUCCCCCUCAAUUUGGGGGCUCCCCCUCCUUCAACCUCCCGUUAAUUUUGGAAGAACUCCGCCUCCUCCAACAACGCCAACUCCACCAAAUGCAGCUGACGGAAGAAAUUUGUCGCCAAGUUUUACUUUUGGGAACCCUCGAGCACCCGAAAAAUUCCUUCACCCCAAAAAACGAGCCCCCAAAACCCCAAUUUUUUCAAAUUUUGCCUCAUUUCGGCCUUAAAACCCAAACGAAAAAUUUCGGAAUCGCGUCGUUUUUUCCCCCUUUGAGCGGCGUGGCUUCUCCGCCGGGAUUUUUACGGCCCAAAAAUUUCGGGUUAAAUUCCGGGGGGUUGGAUUUAGGGAAUCGUUACGGAUGCGGAUUUUGUGGAAAAAAAUUUGGGAGCGAAAGCGCUCGGCAAAUUCACCUGCGGUCGCACACGGGCGAGCGGCCGUAUAAAUGUAACGUUUGCGGCAAUCGCUUCACUACCCGGGGAAAUUUAAAAGUUCAUUUUCAUCGGCAUCGGGAAAAAUAUCCCGACGUUCAGAUGAAUCCUCAUCCCGUACCCCAACAUCUGGAUUUUCUUCUCCCCGCGCUUCCAAAUUUGGCCGGAAAAGGGGAAAAUUUGGCCGGAAAUCGGCAAAAUCUCGACGGAAAAGGGGAAAAUUUGUCCGGAAAUCGGCAAAAUCUCGAUGGAAAUGGGCAAAAUGUCGACAGAAAUCUGAAAAGUCUCGACGGAAAUGGGCAAAAUGUCGAUGGAAAUGGGCAAAAUGUCGACGGAAAUGGGCAAAAUGUCGAUGGAAAUGGGCAAAAUGUCGACAGAAAUCUGAAAAGUCUCGACGGAAAUCGGCAAAAUGUCGACGGAAAUCGGACGUUCCAACUGAACCCAACCACCGACAAUCUCACCGGAACCACCCAGAACCUCACCGGGACCUUCCAACUCAACCCAACUGCUGAAAAUCUCACCGGAACCACCCAGAACCUCACCAGGACCACCCAGAACCUCACCGGAACCUCCCAACUCAACACAACGACCCAACAACUCAACGCAACCGCCGAAAAUCUCACCAGGACCACCCAGAACCUCACCGGGACCUUCCAACUCACCCCAACUGCCGAAAAUCUCACCGGAACCACCCAGAACCUCACCGGAACCACUCAGAACCUCACCGGGACCACCCAGAACCUCACCGGAACCUCCCAACUCAACACAACGACCCAACAACUCAACGCAACCGCCGAAAAUCUCACCAGGACCACCCAGAACCUCACCGGAACCUCCCAACUCAACACAACGACCCAACAACUCAACGCAACCGCCGAAAAUCUCACCAGGACCACCCAGAACCUCACCGGGACCUUCCAACUCAACCCAACCGCCGAAAAUCUCACCGGAACCACCCAAAAUCUCACUGGAACCACCCAGAACCUCACCGGGACCUUCCAACUCAACCCAACAACCCAACAGCUCAACGCAACCGCCGAAAAUCUCACCGGGACCACCCAAAAUCUCACCGGGACAACCCAGAACCUCACCGGGACCACCCAGAACCUCACCAGGACCUCCCAACUCAACCCAACGACCCAACACCUCAACACCGGCACCCAAGACCUCACCGGGACCUUCCAACUCAACCCAACCGCCGAAAAUCUCACCGGGACCACCCAGAACCUCACCAGGACCUCCCAAAAUCUCACCAGGACCUUCCAACUCAACCCAACAACCCAACAACUCAACCCAACCGCCGAAAAUCUCACCGGAACCUCCCAGAACCUCACCGGGACCACCCAGAACCUUGCCAGGACCUUCCAACUCAACACAAUCACCCAAAAUCUCACCGGGACCACCCAAAAUCUCACCGGGACCACCCAAAAUCUCACCGGGACCACCCAAAAUCUCACCGGGACCACCCAAAAUCUCACCGGGACCACCCAAAAUCUCACCGGGACCACCCAGAACCUCACCAGGACCACCCAGAACCUCACCGGAACCACCCAACUCAACGCAACGACCCAACACCUCAACGCUGGCACCCAAGACCUCACCGGGACCUUCCAACUCAACCCAACUGCUGAAAAUCUCACCGGGACCAUCCAGAAUCUCACCGGGACCACCCAGAACCUCGCCAGGACCUUCCAACUCAACCCAACCGCCGAAAAUCUCACUGGAACCACCCAGAACCUCACCGGGUUCUCCCAACUCAAUGCAACGACCCAACAACUCAACGCAACGGUCGAAAAUCUUACCGGGACCACCCAGAACCUCACCAGGACGACCACCCAGAACCUCACCAGGACCUUCCAACACAACCCAACUGCCGAAAAUCUCACCGGGACCACUCAGAACCUCGCCAGGACCUUCCAACUCAACCCAACUGCCGAAAAUCUCACCGGGACCACCCAGAACCUCACCGGGACCUUCCAACUCAAUGCAACCGCCGAAAAUCUCACCGGAACCACCCAAAAUCUCACCAGAACCACCCAAAAUCUCACUGGAACCACCCAGAACCUCACCGGAACCACCCAAAACCUCACCGAACCUCUCACCGCGCCCACCCACCACCUCACCGCCUUCCCCAAACUCUUCCUUGUCAAACCCACCGAAGGAAGAUCCAAAACCGCCGACGAAAACACGCCGCCCGGCAAAUCCGUCGCCGCCGCGUCUUGGAGGUUUUUCACCGGCCGCAUCGAAACGUCGCCGAUUUUUUUCGACACCCCGUCUUCGGAAACGUCUAAACUUCAAGAAUUGGUGGAAAAAAUCGAUCCGGCGUCGGCGUCGUCACCGGAUCUUCCCGUUCGUCACCAAUGUCCCGUUUGCCGGCGGAUUUUGAGUUGCCCGCGAGCUUUACGGUUUCAUUUCGGUCAACACGGGGGAAAAAUUUGGGGCGUUUCGGCGGAAAAACUUUUUCGGUGUCAAAUUUGCGGGAGAAAUUUUCCAAGCCGGGGGAAUUUACGGCUUCAUUUCGGGGUUCAUCGGGGGGUUCCCCCCAAUUUUUUGGCGCCGAAAAAAUUCUUUCUCGACGCUUUUCAAUUCCGCUUCCGUUUCGGGGGGCAAUUUAUUCCUCAAGGAGGGGUGGUUCUUCCUUCUCCAAUCGGGGGGACACCCCAAAUUUUAGGGAAUUUUUGCCGACGUGAGGGAACCCCCAAAAUUUUAGGGAACCCCCAAAAUGAAGAAAUUUCCGACAAGGAAGAGGAUGAUUCCGAAGAGUCCAAGGGGGGGGACCCCGAAAUGGAAGAAGAGGAGGAUGAGGAAGAAGAGGGAGGGG